GCUGCUGCUGUGCUGAUGCUGCUGCUGGCUGCUGAUGCUGCUGCUGCUGCUGCUGCUGAUGCUGAUGCCAGCCAAUCUGCUCAAAUUCUGCUCCCGCACCCUCUCCGUCACCUUCUCUCUCUCUUUCUCCCUUCCCCUUUUUUGCUUUUUCGUCAACACUAAUUUUUAUUUUACUCUUUAUUUGUUUGUUCACUGUUCACACUAAUUAUUAUUUUUAUUUCCCCUUUAUUUGCAUUUCUCACUCUCGACUCGGCUGCUUUAUAUUGUCCCUUAGCAGUCCGAAACCACAGCCGCAACAACUGCUCUCCGCUCGGCUUUUAUAAUAUUCUAUACUUCAAACUGCACCAGCCCAAGCGAAGCGCCCGACGUGUCCUCUCUCUUUUUUCUCUCAUUCUCAGAACAAUAGCCAUAGCCAGCGGAUACUAAAAACCGGGCCGCUUGCCGAGCCUUUUGCUUGUACAUUUGCCACUUGAAUUAGAAUGAAACGCCUUCUGCGCGGCGCCAAGAACAGCGAAAAGAAAAAUGACGAUACCCCGAGCUCGCCGACCUCUGCGAAAAAGUCCUGGGUGUCCUCCGCAGGCAUAGGCGCCCUGCACCCGAAGCAAAAGCAGAAGCGCGUGCGCAGCGGCAGCCAUCCGCAGAUCAGACACCUGGCCAUGGAGGGCCACAAUGGCCCAGUCGUCAAGGCCACCAUGGACGAGAUUCGCCGCGACGCUAGCGGCUCCAGCUCAAAUCUUCGCAUCAACAGCUUCAACUUGUCGCCUGUCACAAACCCAAUGCAUGCCCGAGCGUCCAUGGAUAUUCCGCGCCAGGUCGACGAAGACUAUAUCGACGACCGCCUGCCGCCAGUGUCCAUCGCAUCGUGGGUGUCGGACAGCGCCAAUAACACGCUGCAACAGGCGCAGAUGCGCCAUGAAGAGCACCGAGAUGAAGAGUACCAGGGGGAGCAGCAUCGGAAUCAGCGGCAGCAGCGGCAAAUUGAGGAGGAGCUGCGCCAGAGCGUUAAUGUCGAUGCAAUGUUCCCGCCGCGCACCACGUCCGCCGUGCUCAUGUCGGCACCGCCCACACCUGCUGACGCAGUGGCCGCUCCCAUGCAGCAUAGGCCGAGUCUGGUUCUGGACGCCAAUGCCAGAAGCCCCAGAGUCGAGUUUUCUAUGCCGGUGGCCGCGCCCUCGGCGCCGCCCCACCCAACUCGGCGCCGCGAAAAGAUUAAGAACCUGGCCACGCGCUUCAGCAGCUCCAAUCUCAAGGAGCAGUCCGACAGCAAUUCGCCCGUAAUCAGACGCCGCCCGUCCAACACGCCCUCGGUAUCGGAGCGCGUGUCACAAUUCGACAGCCAGGAGUAUACGAACGAUCCGCGGGCCCUCAGCAUAUUUGGCCGCUUCGGCAUGGCCGUGGGAAAUGGCACUGGAUCAGCCAUGCACAGCCGCUCGUCGUCGGUCGCUGGCAGCUCGAUGGCCAACGGAUUUAACCUGAGCAUUGCUGACCAGCUGUCCACAACCACUGCAUCGACAGGGCUUGCGCCAGAGCCCGCAGCGAACCGCCGCCCGCACAGCAUGUUUCCCACUGUCAACUUUGGUGUUUGUACCGACAACGUCUCUGGGACAGACAACCACGCGCAGUCAACCGAGGGUAUGCGGCCCGCCAGCUCUUAUAUCAACGACUAUGAUUUCGACGACAGCAACGACGAUGAUGAAGAGGAAGAAGUCGAGGUCGAAAGCGUGCCCACCUACCGCAUGGGUUCCAACGGCAGAAUGGUGCUGGAUCACCAGGCGACUAUGGCUGCAGGCGUGCAGCUGAACUUUUCACGCUCACCGUCUCUCCUGGGCAACUCGUCGCAGUCUGCAAUGUCGUCGAGCCCCGUGGGGUCUACUGGCUACCGCGGCGUGCGCAGCGACAAUGCCAGCAAGCGCCGCGGAUCGCUUCUCGGCGCAUUCAAUGCGCCGGAGGAGCCGACGCACGUUGCCUCGGACCACUCACUGGCUCUCCGCCGCGCUGGCUCUGUCGUGCCCACGGGGCCAGUGCCCUCAGCCAGCUCGAUUGUCCCCUCGGUUGCCGCAGCCACCGCAAGCCUUGCCGAGCUCCAGCGCAACAUUUUGACAAAAGACCACACAAAUGAUGCUGUGAACCGCAGGCGGUCCCAGUCCCACGCGCCCCCUACCCAGCCCGCAGUCAGCGACGCUGCGGAAGCCAAGCGUGCAAGCACGAGCGACCUCCCAUCCUCCAACCUGCGCAGCUUGAACGAAUCGACGUUGCUCGACUGCCUGUCAUCCAGUUUGCAGCCGCUGUCGGCGCGCUCGCAGGACAACACGCUGGCUGCCGUUGCUUUCGGCGACAUGGGCGCAGCGGCCGACCUGGUCGAAGCGAUGCUUGCGUCGGGCGAUGCUGGCAAGGUGCUUUCGGCAAACGAGCACGAACGCUGCGUGCACGAGGGAGCCGCCUUGCGGCAACGACUGCAGGCAGCGCGCACCCGACUCACCUCAGAGCUGCGCACGAGAGACUCAGCAAAGAGCGCCGCGGACGCAGCGGCAAAGGGCACGGGCUGCUGUACUUGCUGCCGCUGUUCGUACUCUAGUCGCGAGGCCACAAGCGAAAAGGUCCAAGCACAGCUGGCAAGCGAGCAGGCCAUUCGCGAGAAGGAGCGGAUCCAGCAGGAGAGCUUGGACGCCCAGAAGAGCCUGGAAUCCCAGGUGCGUACGCUGCAGGAUGAGAACGAGGGCGUUGCUUCGGAGUCGCAGUUUGCACGCCAUAGUGCCAGCCUCGCUGCCGAGCGGCUGUCCGGCGAGCUGACCGUUCUGCGCGAGCAGAAGUUGGCCGCUGAGCAACGUGCUGCGGCACUAGAGGCGCGCGUGGACGACGUCCUGCUGCGCGCACAAGAGGCCCAGCAGACAGCCGACAGUGCGAGUGCGCAGAUUGAGUCUGCGCGGGUCGAGGCCGAGGCCGCUCGCCGCUGCGUCAGUGCCUUUUCUGAGGGGCUGCGCAAGAUGGCAACGCCUCUGCGCGCGCUGGGCAGCGUGCAGGACAGUGCCGAGAAGCUGCGCGCGCUGAGCGUCGACGAAAUGACCCCGACAAACACGCCACCAGCGACCCCGACGCUCGCACUGAAGGCUGGCCCUGCGCCGCGUACGCUCACUGUCGACGCGCUUGACGCGCUGCCCCUGGAUGCGUCAAUCGGUGCGGAAAGCGCUUCUGCUGCCAUGGCGCUGCUGCACGCCACUGUUAUGGAGUGCACGAGUCUGCGCGGCGAGGCCAUGCGCAUCGCGCGACCUGGCCACCGAGAGGCGCCUUCGCGAGGCCCAGAGCUGGUAAUUACGCAGCAGCGCGAGAAGCUUGGCCGCCUUGAUCAGGCCGUCAAGGAAGUCGCUGAUUCGCUGGAGUUGCAGCACAAGGAGGCCGAGAAGCGCUGGACUGAGGAGCGCCAGCGCCUGGUCGACAAUAUCGAGCGACUCACACUUGAUGCCGCUGCCCUGCGCGCCGAGGCCGCUGCUGCUGUUGCUGCCGUCGGCACCAUUGAGCCCAUCACUCCGCCGCUGCAGUCCGCCGAGGAGACCGAGCUGCAGGCUAAGAUUAUUUUGCUCGAGACUCAGCUCGCCGAGCAGGCUGAGCGCACUGAGCAGAUUCAGCGCGAGGCCGACACGAGGAUUAAGGCACAGGCUGCAUCUAAGGACGUCAUUCUUAGCGACUACAUGCGCAAGCUGCGCGAUGCCAGCGCAAUGCUGACCAGCACUGCGACGACGGCAGUCGAGGGAUAUUCAGAUAAUGGCAGCGGCAGCAGCCCGCCCGCCGGGUCGACUGGCGAUGCUCCGCGCCGUUUAUCUCGCCGCCGGAGUCUUCCGACACUCUGCAGCUUGCGGAGGAUUGCAGAUUCGCCUGUGGUUUCGUCAGCUCCCAUCAAACGGACGGCAGCAGUUUCAAACAUGCAGACAGCGACUGAACCUGCUAGAGAUCUCCCUGUAUCGGCUGACGAGAGCAUCAACCAAAUGCUGCUGGCGUACUCCGAGAAGUUGAUGGCCAAGGAGGACGCGCUGCGCAACCGUGAGGACGAACUUGAGGUCAUCCGCGUAGUGGGUGCCGAAAUCGAGGCUGCGUUAUACAGCAUGCUACCGUCCGCGAGACCCAACUACGGAGGCAUCGGCCGCUCGUCUCUGAACGCAUCGCCUCCAAUGGCCAACGUAGCGUGGCCGUAUGGAUCCAUGCCACAGCAACAACUUCAGCAUCAUCAACUCAAAACCGACUCCAACGAUAGCUUGCGCAAUCGCUCGGCGUCUUUCUUCCAGGGCCUGCGCACCAACUACCUGGGGAUGGUCGACGGCCCAGAGAUGCAGAUGCAGAUGUUGACGCAAACACAGCAUCCUGUGCUGGCCAUUCGUACUGAUGCCCAAUCGCUCGCGCUUACGACACACUCGGCUGCUGAAUCGACCUUGCCGAGCAGCACAGAAAGGACGGCACCGGUCUACACAACAGCGCUCAAGCUCGGUGGCGCCGACGGUGUGCCCUCGCUAAUUCGCAACCUGGCGCCACUGUCCCAGAUGGUUAUUUCCGAAGUGCGGCGCCUAAAGAAUUUGAUAUGCGACCUCGAGGACCAGUCGCGCGACACUCGUGUGGAGCUUUUCGACACUCAAGCCAAGCUAUCUGACCUGCAGAGCUACUGCAAGCAGCGCUCAAAGCAAGAGGACACAAUCCAGCAGGAUAUUACGCAUGUGUUAGCCCAGAUCACCCGCCUGCGUACCCGUGUUGUCGAGCUGGAGUCUGAGAAGGCCAAGUUUGAGGUCGAGGCCCAGCAACUGCACAGCAGGUGCCGCAAGAUGGAGGACAGGACUGCUGAGCAUGUUCUAGACCUCAUUGUCGACCGCGUCGGCCAGAGUGAAUGGGCGAAAACAAAGCACUUGAUGACCGAUGCUUCCACUGCUGCCACUAAUGGUGGCCAGCAGCCAGAUUUCGAGGCCAAGGCUGUUCCUGCACGGUUUGCCAGCGUAAGCUCCAUCUCGGUUAGCCAUCCGGAAGCCAGUGACAUCCGGGCCGAGUUCAACGAGCUGCUCCACCAGGUCAUUGCCAAGCGCGAUGAGGACCUUGAGAGGAUGCAGGUGCUGGCCGAUGCCUGGCGCGCCGAUGCCCACAAGACGUCGCGCGCAAACGAGUCCAAGGCGUGGAACACCAGCACUCGUGGUAUCCAGACCAUCUAGCCACUCUACAUUGAUUUAUAUAUAUACAUUUUUGCCUAUGCUAAUUCUUACUCCAUUUUCCCAAUUGCCAGAAUAAUAUAAAUAAAACAAUAAAUAAAUAAAAC